AUGGACUGGGCUUGGGUGUCUGUUAUUGUGCUGCUGGUCGCUGCCGUCUUUUCCGUGCGCCUGGCCCUGAUUCUGCCCUUCUGCAGGCGUCCAACAGAUGAAGAUGAGACGAUACUUGGUGGAGUCCAGUCCGGGAAGGGCGCCGCCAAGAGGAGACCGUUGCAACUGUUUGUGUUUUUAGGAUCUGGUGGACACACUGGAGAAAUGCUCAGGUUGCUGGAUACUUACCAUGAGUAUCUUCUGGACAGCAGGAACACAGUACACAUCGGCUACUCUGAUUUGCAAUCGAAGCAGAAGUUUCUCAAGUUGGCCGACAAGUACAAGUGCAAAAAUCGGUUAUACGAGUUUAAAAAGGCUAGAGAGGUCAACUCGAGUGCAUUACAAAGCGUGAAGACGGUGCUGACGACGCUAAUAACGUCUUUGAGCCAUGUGGUUCAGAUCAAGAAGGCGAUGAUGAGCAAACCUCACUUGGUUCUCCUGAACGGGCCGGGCACUUGCUGCAUCAUCACAUUGUUGUUCAAGUUGCUGGAUUUACUGCUAUUAUUCACAUCCUCACAUAUCGUUUAUGUCGAGUCCCUCGCGAGAAUACAAACUUUGAGCUUGACGGGCAAGAUCUUGUAUUUUUUGGCAGACGAAUUCGUGGUACAGUGGGAGGAACUAAAACUGACCAAGGCUCCGAGGGCCAAAUACUUUGGCAUACUGGUAUAG